CCGUAUUCAGCAUCCAGUUAAGAACGUCUGACAUUCUCUAUGGUAAAGUGCUCAUACUCGAAUUAUCUUUAUCGUUUCACAGUGUUCAUCAGUAUUCGAAGUGCUUCUUGGUGGAUGAUACAGUGCAUUUUAACUGCCUCACCUCCGCUCUCCUGCACCUUGGCGCACACCAAGGCCUGUCAGAACUGGCGCUACAUCCUUGAACUGACGCGUGAACUGAAACGCACGCUCCUCCUAGUGUUGACUGUCGUCAUAGUAACGGAUCUGCGCGACGUUAAGGCCGAGUCAAACCGUUGAGAUCAUUCAUCAUCGGUUAGAAGCGACCAGAACCACCAGGAUGCUACUGGGUAACAGAACCAGAUGUCGAGAGGUGACCGGACCGACGCCUCACUCUGUGGCGGUGAGAGCCAGGGUCCGGUCGGUGAGACCCGCCGACCAACUGAUUCUGGAGAGACAGAAACAGGAAGCGGACCGAGGCAAGGUCUUGGAGUUCAGCCGGUACCAGCAGAACUGGGGCAUCAAGAACUCCUGGCUGCAGAGUUCAGAGCGUCGCUUCCUGGGAAAAGCGGUCCAGAGACACGUCGAAGCUGCAGUGAGACAGCAGGAGUCCAGAAUCGAGGAGCGGAGGAACAGGCUCCGCGCGCUGUUGGAGGUGGAGGAGCAGGAGCUACUGCAGCAGCUGGAGGAGACGAAGGAGACGACGGCUGAGAGACAGACGAGGAUGCGAAACAAGGCCGAAGCUCUGAGGACGAGGAGGGAAACUGAGCGACAGCAGCUGGUGUCAGACAGACUGGAGCAGGUGUUCAGGGACCAGUGUGAGGAGCUGCGGACGUUGCAGAGCAAACGGCGGGAGCAGCAGGUGAGCGUGGAGCGAGCUGCUCAGGUGAGGAGCCGACAGGAGCAGCAGCAGCGGCAGCAGCAGGAGGAGAAGCUGUUUGAGGAGCUGUGGGAGGCCGAUCGACGGGCCAAAGACAAGCGGGAGAAGACGAGUGAACGGAGGCAGCGGCAGAGAAACGCGGAGCAGCUGGACGUCCUGAGGAGCCAGGUGGAGGCGGCCGAGCAGCAGAAACUCAGGGAGCGGGAGCUGAGGGAGGAGGAGGCGCGACUCCGGCUGCAGCAGCAGGAGAUGCAGAAGCUGCAGCAGCAGCGGCAGCAGCAGCUCAAGCUGCGGGAUCAGCGGACCCGGCGCCGGGAGCUGGACCUGGGCUUCCGGCUCAGAAUGAAACGUCUGGCCCGAGAGCAGCAGGAGGAGCUGGAGCUGGACAUGAGCAUCCUGCAGCAGCUGCUGGGCCAGGAGCGCGACGAGAGACAAGAAGCGGCUCAGAGGAAGCAGGUGGCGUCGGAGUCGCAGUGUUUGUGUGUGUGUGUGUGCGUGGUUCAUGACGUUGCUGUGAUUAUUUCAGUUGCGUCUUUUCAGGUGAAAGCAGUGAAUGUACCUGGACCCAGUGUGAAGCUGCGUGAGGAGCAGCGCCGCUACCGACAGCAUCUGUCUGAUGAGCUGCACAAGCAGAAGAGAGAAGACGAGGAGACGGAGCUGCUGAUUGAGGAAAAGCUGAAGGAGACCUGGACCAAACGCGAGGAGCAAAGCCAACGGCAGCGGGAGGCCCGGAACCGGCUGAUGAGCGAAGUGAUGGAGGCCCGGAGCUUGCAGAUCCAGCACAGAUUGGACCUGAACUCGCAGAGACAGGCAGAACUGACCCGAGACAGAGACGAGCUGAACCGAGCCCUGGAGGAGAUGAGGCUAAAAGACGAGGAGGACAGGAGAUGCCAGAAGCAGACCUGCGAGGAGUACCAGGCCCAACUCAGGGCUCAGAUGGAGCAGCAGCAGCACCUUCGGCGCGAGGAACGUGCUCAGGAUCAGAGAGAGUACCAGCAGGCUCUGGCCCGGCAGCAGCUGUACGAGCAGAAGAAGGAGCAGAUCCUGUCCAGACCCAUGUCUCAUACCACAGCUCCCCAUCCCUUCAGGAGAGCUGAGGGGUCCAGAUCUGCCCCCGGCAGCGCCUCAGGCCCAGCUGGUCUACAGGGCAAUGAAGUCUUGUAAAGAGAAAUAAAGGCUGUUCGCAUCGUG